AUGGAAUUGGCAAUCACCAACGAUAACACAAGUACAGGUUCGUCUGAAUCGCUAAAGUUACUUGAUAUGUCAUGCUCUCCAGAUAUAGAGGAAUAUCAAAGUGAAAUAAUAAAAGAAUACACGCAAAUUGAUAUUGAAGAAGGACAAGUGUAUCAGGACAAGCAAACUGUAGCUGCUGCAAUGAAGCACUUUUCCGUGGUGCACAACUACUGGCUUGUAUGCGUUGGUGAAAACUGUAAAUGGCACUUCAAGGCAACGUCAAUUAAUGAUUCCGCAAUGUUCAAGAUAAGGAGUUUCAACCGACAACACACAUGCUCCUUAAUGGACGAAACAUUCAUACAACGCAAACAUACUGCAGCUGUAGUUGGUAGCAUGGUCAUUCCAAAGUAUUGUGAUCCAAAGACUAUUUACACACCAAAGGACAUACAAGAUGACAUGUUAGCAGAACACGGAGUGAACUUAAGCUACAUGCAAGCAUGGAGAGCAAAGGAAAAGGCUUUACAGUUUUUGAGAGGGAAUCCGGCUGACUCCUACAGCAAAUUACUCAAAUAUUUUUAUAUUCUUGAGGAGACUUAUCCUGGUUCCCAUGUUAAAUUGAAGAAGACAGCUGAUGAAUGCUUCUUAUACGCAUUUGCAGUAGUAGUUGUUGAUGGGACAUUCUUAAAGUCAGCAUACAGGGGGAUUAUGCCGACAGCAAGCACCAUGGAUGCAGUAGGUACAAUAUUACCCUUGGCAUAUGCUGUGAUUGAUUCUGAAAAUGACGCAUCUUGGAAGUGGUUCUUUGAGCAAUUCAAGCAGGCAUAUGGUGAAAGACCUUCAAUGUGUUGUUUCAAAUAG